AUGGAAAGCCCUUUAAUAAGAAAGCCCGGCAAUGUUUUAGGCGCAGUUAAUGAUUGUCUCCAGAAUACACUUCCUCCUCCUGAAGAGUAUGAAAAUAAAAGAAGAGAAAUUGACUGCAAAGAGAAAGAAUGCAAAGAAUUAGUAAACAAAAAAUUCAAGCUUCUCUUAGGCUUAUGGCUAGUGAAAAAUAUUAUAUGUCCUUCUUUAUCUUCAUCAAAAAAUCAAUUAUUGUUCAAGAAUGAAGAAAUUGUUGAAAACUAUCCUGAAAAUUUAUCUGAAGACGAAAUAGAGCAGCAAGAUCCAGAAUCGGCAAGUAAUGAAGAUUCAAUAAUAUGAACUCCAGCCAAACUAGAUGAAAAUAAGCAAGAAAAAUUGCAAAUAAGCCUAUUGCUAUUUUUUGUAUUUUUUAUUUUUGGACUGAUUUGGCUUGCUAAGAUGACAGUCAAUCUGAACAGCAUUCACUAA